AUGAGCGAAUCCAUCUUGCUCGGCAAAGCAGAGUUGCUCGCCUGGGCCGCCAGCGUCACGGGCAUCUCUCCCUGCGACAAGUACGGAGACUUGAAGGACGGGCUCAUCUAUCUCGCCUUGACGCGGCAGCUUUUCCCUGGUGAGAUCGACAACGCUAUUGUGCGCCUCCAGCGGCGCGGUGCCCGUGAUGCUGCCAAGAACUGGUCUCUGCUCACCAGUUGCCUUCGGCGCCAUGGGAUCCCGACCCACUUGUGCAGCCAGCAGGCUGUUGAGCGCGGGCACACACGGUACUGCUUCAACCUGUUGGUUCUCUUUUACUUUCUAGUGCGCUUAGCCCGCGGCCAUCAGUUCGCUGUGGACUUUGCGCAGCCGGUAGAUCCACAGCUAGCCGCUUUCCUGCAGUCCCCCGAAAGCGUGCUCGCCGUGGAGCGCAGAGUCGACAUGGGCCUCAGCGAGUGCAGCAGCAACAACGUGGGUGUGUCCGCCAUAGACGAAGACGAGGCGGGUGGACAAGCGGACUCUGGCGCCCCGCGCAGCGUUACACGUUUGUCAUCCCCUCCAUCAGGCGCCACAGCGCCCACAACGGCAACGGGAGUGGCGCCGUUGAGGCUGCCUCUCCGCUCUACCGCUUUAUUGGCUGACACUUCUUCACAUCACCUCGCCCCACCGCCGCGGUGGAUGUGGGCACACGAGCAGAGCUCGGCACGCGCUUUCCAGGACGCCGGUGGUUGGCGCGCACCUCGCAGGUGCAACAAUAGGGGUACGGAGGAUUCGAAGCACUCACCACGCGGGGCUUUCGACUCGACGUUAGUCCAUGGCGUGGCACGCGCACCUGUCACUUCUGGUGGCGAGCUCGUCACGGCAACGCUGCUGCCUCCAGCUUCUCUCUCGCGCCCCUCUCCAUCCACUGCGUGCGCUCCACACCUUUACAUACAGAACCAGCUGCUGAGAGAGGAGCUGCAGCACGUCAAGGCAGUCAGUCAGCUGCUCCUAACGCAGCAGCGCGGGUCGGAGGCGGCAGUCGAGAUGCGCGCGUCUGCUGCUCUGCAGGUUCAGCUAGCAAAGGCAGAGCUCGACCAUCUACACGCCGUUCGACAGUUGGAGGUGACGCUGACAGCAGGGCCAGUGCAAAAUGGCGGCGCCAACGCUGCUCCGUCGCCGCAACAGUGGGCAGCACUUGUGCAUCGAGCGGAGGCUGCAGAGACCACUUCGGUUCAGCUGUAUCGCGAAUAUCACGAAAGCCAGCAAGUGUACGACACCACGCUGCAGCAGCUUCGUCAGGUGUUCUGCUCCAUCGCGGAUAUCGCGGCAGCAGCUCUCUCGUCAGUGCCAUCCAACUCUGACAGCGCACAUGCUGUCGCGUACGAGGAGACGGUAACAGCUGCGAUGCUGGCGCAACUCACCGGCGUGCCUGCUAUGCUAAAGGAUGCAUUUUGUGCACAGAUGCGAGCGCUGCUACUGACGUUGAGCAGCCUACGUAGCACGAAUGCGCGUCUUCAGAUGGAUGCAGCAUCGGUGCCGCACCAUAGUGGCCCCGGCGAUGCGAGCAGAGAUUGCGCGUCGAGCUUCAGUGCCUUGUACGCAUCCUCUUCUCUCCCAUUCGAGCGAGAGAGUCUCAAGACGGUGUGCGCAGAGGCCCUCAGCGCCUGUCACGGUGCAAACCCAGUCGUGCAGCGCGCCUUGCGACGCCUCACGAGUCUUGUCGACAUGGUCAGCAGUGCCCUUGACGCAGCGCAGCAGGACCGAGACAGGUGGGAGCAGCGGUGCCGGCGCGCGGAAACCGCUGCCGCCCAAGCCGAUGCAGGCUCACAGGAAGCGAGUGCAGAGGGUGAGGCACAGCGGCAGCAGGACUUGGCAGCGCCCACUGUAGCCUCGAGCACCUGCAUAGACGAGCUUUCUCGCUUGUCCCCGGAGCGGUGUGCGCGGGCAGCGCAAAUCCAUCAGGAGAGCCAGAGGCUCUGCAGUCAGGUACAGGAGAUACUCGCCAUGGCGUUCUCCACAGCUGGCACCCACGAAGUGCAGUGGGCAAGUGAUGAGCUGGUCGCAUUGCUAGGCGCGUACGUCAAAGAACGAGCAUCAAAACCGGCCAUGGACGAAGCGCUUGCUGAACAAGCAGAAACCAUUGCCGCGUUGCGGGCAGAUCUUCGGCAGCAGCGGGAGACUCGGAAGCGAGCAGAGGCUCAGUUGAGCGAUGCCGAGCGACGACGACAGGUGCUGGAGCACAAGUGUGCCGCACUACAGACCCAACUUCGCAGCGCCACCGAGAAGCUCGGAACGCAGAGGAAUGACUCUCAAGCGCACGCGGCAACGUUGCGCCGAGCGCUGCUGGAGAAGACUUCCACUCCUUUAUCGGCCGCACUCGCAAGUACACCGCUCGCAAAACCCUCCACGGCUGCCACACGUGGCACACAAGAGCACAUUGCAGCCAGUGGCGCAGCACCGUUGACUGAUGCUUCUCGCCACGCAGCGAGCACACCGUACCGCAGUACAGCUCAUUCGCUGUACUCUUCACCUCACCUGCCGGGCGCCUUACACUCACCCUCUACGUCCGAUGACGACAUGAAUGAUGCCGAGGAGCGCCGUCUAAUCGAUCACCACCACCGCUUUCACAGCGAUUUGCACAACCAACACGUGUCACCGUCGCCUUCUCCGUCAGCUUCGGCCUCGUUGCCUUCCUCGAGAGCCACCACUGCAGAGGCUGAUGUACCGAAGGCGCUAACAACCGAACGGGUCGUUGCGAGGGCCAGCCUAGCUGCGCCGACUGCUUCGCCGGCCAGAAGCACGCGGUCAUCGACAGAUCACCCCGCAGCUGCCUCGGGCUCGUCACUCUUGCUGUCAGCGGCGGAGCUUGAGCGGCGGAAGCAAGCGAUCUUGCGCAAGUACGACGUUGCAUAA